CCCUAAUGCUAUGGACAAUAGAGAGCUGUGGAAGGAUAUAGUCAAAUCGGUCCGGGCCACUCGCCCGAUAUGAGGAUGAUGAUGGUUGCUAAAGUCUACAUUAAGAAUCAUUCCAAAACUGGACAUUACUAUUUUAUGUUACUGAAAUACGAUACACGCCGUCAUCGUCGGUACCAUUCGUUGGGAUGCGUCAAUUUACUUCAAGUAAAUUUGAUAUUUAGUUCAAGAGAAAAGCUGCCCCAGGCAAUUUAUUCUACCCGUUGUAUUUGGUCCAGAUUUUCCCCAAAAUUUUUCAGACUUUUCCUACGCUUGGCCUUCAUCAGUUUAGUUAUUCGCAUGUGAUAUGGAAAAUCGUUUUCGGCAAAGUCAGUAAUAAUGUUUAAGUGUCAUAAAUUAGUAGAAUGGUUACCGCAAUUAUUCUUAUUAUAUGCAGCAGUAAAGGGUGCGUGCUACUGUCGAUAUUUUUAUUCAUCAUGCCUAUUGUUAUGCAUACUUAACUUCACUAAGUUUUGCCUUCGUGCAAUGUAAACGUUAAUUUGGCUUGGAAUGACGUUGUCAAAAUACCUCCCACACAUAAAAGUCACACGGUUAAUUACGGUUGUUAUGUUCUUGGCAAUAUCAUCGAAAUUCUUUUUCUCUCCAUGUUCCCGACUGAAUAUUCGAAAGGAUGUAGAAAGAAAACCACAAGAAUUAAACACGUUUGGUGAAAAAGCAGCCUAUUCCAAUUCUCAAAAAGUUAACGGAAUAUUUCGACUACUUUCUAUGCAUGAAUGGAAAAGCGAAUCUGGUAAAGAAGUGAAAUUUUAUAAGGGAACAAACGAACUUUGCCGAGAAUGGGCGGAAGAAUUAGAUUGGAAAGGACCAACUUCUGAACCCCUGAUGCAAUUGGAUCCAACAAGAAUAAUUUAUCCUGCUAAUCCUAAUGGGCCGAGCGAUGAAAUGCUUUCAUUACAAGAAGCAAUAUUUAUUGGAAUAAUGACAAACAGGACAGUAGUAAUUCCUCCUUUCCAACUACAUCCAGCUGAUAAAGACUCAAAUUAUACAAGUUCCUUACCUGCUUCAUUGAGAAUCGAUUUGAAAAUUCUUUCUCGGUUGGUUUCCUUGACAACAGUGGAUAAAAUGAAACAAUUGUGUUAUUCAAAAUUCGAUAUUGGAUUUCAGGAAUUGGUCACAUCAUGUGAUUUCCAAUACUUUUUGGAAGAAACAAGCGGAAUGUCACUCACUUCUUCAUAUGAUCAUUUAUUUGGUAAGGAUCAUUUCACUUACCUAAGAUUUGUGAAAAAGAAACACAGACCCGAUUGUUUUCCACCUCUUCUGCCAGUGCGAGAAAUACAUCAUAAAAGUUUUCCAGAAUUUCUACAAAGCGUAAAAGAUCAAUUCAGGUCAGACGUACCUUGUGCAGUACUUAUCAAUACAUACAAAAAUCCUAUAAAGUUGUUACAAAACGUCAGCAAACCUAUUUUGAUGAAAGCGAUGAAAGAUUUAUCAUCUGUCACCCAAAAAGACGUAUAUGAUGCCAAUUUUGAAACGAAGUAUAAAUUAAUAGAAGUCUUCACACAAAGACCUAGAUAUGUUCGAGAAUUAGCAUCAGAAUUUAUUAGCGAAGUGAUGAAAAAUCAAGUAUACUUUGCAUUGCAUUGGAGAUACAACUUCGAGUAUAGAUGUAAAACAUCACGUAACUUUUGUCCUGAAAUGAAAAAAGUUAAGACCGCAAACUUAUCGGAAGCAAUUUUGUUUGCUGGCAGAAAACUGAGCAUUCAAGAGAAAUUGACAGAUUUAUCAACAAACUGCCAAACCCCAAAAAUAGUCAAAUUUUAUUUGGCAACUGCUGCUACGGACUAUGAGACAAUAAAACAUCAGAUUAGAGAUGCAACUUUCCAAAACGAGUUUUUUCGAAAGAUUGCGAAAAAAGAGAAAGACAAAAAAGAGUUCGAAUAUUACAGAGAUCAACGGUGCUGGAAAAUGCAGCUUUACAAUAAACUUGAUCUUUAUCGAUUCAUCAGCUCAAAAUAUCCAGAGCAAAAAUGUUCCGCUAUCUGGCGAGAUACACAUGAACUAAUAGCUUUGGUAGAGAAUGAAUUAUGCAAACAAAGUUCAGUAUUUAUCUAUUCACCCGGAUCAGUAUGGUCGGAAGUUGCCAUGCAAACCAAAAUUAACAAUUUGUCAAUUCGGAACGUAUUUUCAGAGAUUGAUCAAGUAAUGAAUAUGGUUUGA